AUGCCUGAACAUAGAUACGCUUUCCCUAAUCACAACUCUCCACUUGAUAGCUCACCAAUGUCAUUCAAAUCUGCUCCUGUUGAGCCUCCCAUGCCAGCUACAAUGACACCCUCGCCUCCUUUCCCGUCUCCUACUGGUGAACCAUUCUUAUCACGCUCAUUGCCUCCACUCGAGCCUCAACACUCUGCCAUUCCAUCUUAUUUAACUAAUCAACGACGAGGCUCGAUUACGGACCCAUCUCUCCACCUUUCUGUUCCCAAACCAGAAAUACCUAGACAAUAUUCGCAAACAGAUAUAAACUUUGCAUCCAACGCUCCAAUUUCACCUCCAAAUGAACGAAGAGGGUCAUUUGUAAUGGAUAACUACCCGGCUUCCCCCUCUUCAUCUCUUUCCCGACCGCCUUCGGUAAAGAGCGAGCAUUCAUUUCCACUAAUGGAUUCGAGGAAUAAGACCUUACCAUCAAUCAGUGCUAGCGCUAGCCCAAUCAGAGAUGGUUUUCCAGGGCCACUCAUGAACCCCGCAUUCCAAGCUCAAUUUGCACAGAGACGACACUCUAUUGCGGUCGGUGAAGUUGUAUCUCCAGCAACUAAGCGAAAGAGCUCACUUGGUGCUUCCGUGCUUUCCAACUCUAUCAGUGCUGAAGAUUAUGCUGGCAAACGAAGAGAUUCAAUGACUGAUCCGAUAUCAAGACUAUCGCUCUACGACCGUCGUAGCUCAUAUUCUGCCCCAUCUAGUCCGCCGGCACAACCAUCUCCGUUUGCUUCAUCGAGUAGUCCAAUGCCAAAGCUCAAUGUGCAUGAAGUCGAUAAUAGUCUACAGGCACAUGCAGAUGCGACUGGCUUACACCAUCCCUACGGAGAAAGCUCUUCUGAACUCCCGCCUCCUAACAACAUGUCUCAUCUCCAAGAUCAAACGGAUACUCAGGUUGCAUACCCUCCAUUCAAUCACCGUGUUUCACAAAUUGUACAUGAAGAUGUCAAUGGCGCCCCAAUAUUAGCUCGCAGAGCGUCUAUGCCUCAGAUGAGUCUUACUUCUCGAUUCAGCGAUCACAGUCAACAAGAGGCCACGCCUAUGGAUGUCGAUCGAUAUCGAUCUCAUGGCUAUGCCACUCAUAAUCAUGCCUAUCAUCCAUAUGCAUAUGAGUAUUCGGGAUAUAUUCCAACCACUCCAACCAUCAAAGAUACACCUUACUCUCGCUCACCCGAGUUGAGAAUUUCUCACAAGCUUGCCGAACGCAAAAGGAGAAAAGAGAUGAAGGAUUUGUUUGACGAAUUAAGGGAUUCAUUGCCGGUUGACAAGAGCUUAAAGACUAGCAAAUGGGAGAUUUUGAGUAAAGGUAUGUAA